UUAGAAAAGAAACACUCAAUCCUGGCUAUAGAGUGUAGUGUACCGUACCAUCUCUUUUCCCCACACAUCUCUUUGACUCCCAAACCCAAUGCAACUCCGGCAGCAGCAGCAGUUGACUCACUUGACCAUGUAAGCUGCGCCGGACUCAAUGGCAGCGCCGCCGACCCCCAAAGAAUCCACGGCUGCCGGAAGGAUGAAAAGAGAAGAUUACAGGAGAACCAAUCACGACUCCGCUUUCACCGAUUGGAAGAUUCUUGUAGGACCUUUCGAUUGGGAGGAACAUGAAAAGGGGAAAGAGGGAGCCGAAAGGUAUAGGGUUCAGAAUCUUCCAAAUUUGACUCCUUGCCCAGGUGUUUAUGAGCUUGGUAUAGGUGUGUCGAGGCUGGAAUCUGGGAGAGAGCCUCGUAAAUUUGAUUCGAGCUGUGUAUUACCUGUUUAUGUUGGACAAGCUGACAAUCUGAGGUAUAGACUUCAGAGGUACGGCCGUGAUGGUGCACAUUUGGAGAAUGGAUGUUCGAAUCGGAAGUUUACAGACACUGAGUGUGUUCAUACUUAUAAUGGUCCUGGACUGUUUACACUUACAUUCUCAAGAGGAUUCCCAAUUCUUUAUAGAUAUGCUAUCAUGCAAAGUAAGAAGGAAGCGGAGAUGACUGAGAAAAAGAUGCUGGAAAAUUUUGAUUAUGCAUGGAACAAAGGGGGAAAUGGCGUGCGCCGUGAUGAUGAUAUUUUCCAAAAAUUACAAGACCUUUCGAAAGCGUCGAGGUUUUAUCUUCUAGCAAAGAAGCUCCUUGAUUUCAACCAGAAGCCAGUAGGCAUCAAAAUCGAAAAUCUUGAAACAGACUCAUGUAAGAAUGGUUCCAAUACAAGUGAUACAAACAAUGGAGUAACUUUCUCGAAGAUAUAUGGAAUUAAGAAGGUGAAGCCCGAACAAGUACAAAACGGCUGCUCUGAUCAUGUCCCUGAUAUCUGCGGAGUUGUGUCUAAUGGAUCGGUUUGCACUGCACCGCCUGUUAAGGGUAGAAAGCGAUGCGCCGAGCACAAAGGAAUGAGAGUGAAAAGCUCAAAUUCUAAACCGGUUACAAAGGUGAAAACUUCUUCGAACACUGCAAACCUGGAUUCUAAUUUUCAAGAUCAGCCUUAUAUUUAUGAGGAAUCGAGCAAUGACAUUGGUCCUAUCUGCGGAUUUGUCUUGAAUGAUGGAUCACCUUGUCGAAGAAAGCCUUUUCAAAAAAACAAAAGGUGUUUGGAGCAUAAGGGAAGAAGGAUACGUAAAAGCUAUGGGAUGUGAAACAAAUCCAUUCUUUCUUUGGAUGAUGAGGUAAAUUUUUGAUCGAACCUAAUAUCUUGCAAAUUAGGCUCGAUAAGUCACACUAGGCAAACCAUAUGUGGCAGAUGAACCUAGAGGCGUCGGGGUUUGAACAAUUGAACCUAUGAUUUUACGGUCACAAGUUUACUCCACACCACCGGAUUAUUCCUUACGGAUCAGUAGAACUAUUCUUGUGGAUACCGAUGAGAAAACAUGAAAAAUAGGAAAUCGGUAAUCCAAACCUAAUUAUGUGUUUGAGAAUAAUUUAAAAUUUAAACUUCAUGAUUGAUCAUUGUGUGGUUAAUUUAAUUCCAUGUGAGGUUAAGAUAUUUGGUUUGUGAGGACAUUCAAUGAUCCUUUGGAUCUUUGCUUGAAGUUUUACUUCUUAUCAUUUGUAUUAUUAUAUAUGAUAAUGAUAUUUUAUUACUGCAAUGUCACCGGUUUGAAUCCCCCUUAGCCUUUUAGUUGAGAGUCACGUUAGACGAAAUUCUAUCCUACAUCAAAUCAUUACAUCAUUUGUGGG